AUGAAUGGCGAAGCCGAGCGCGCCAUGAGGAGCCUGCCGAGCCUGGGCGGCCUCGCCCUGUUGUGCGCCGCCGCCGCCGCCGCCGCCGCCUCAGCCACCUCGGCGGGUAAUGUCACCGGCGGCGGCGGGGCCGCGGGGCAGGUGAACGCGUCGCUGGGCCCGUGGCUGGGGGGCGAGCCCAGCCACCCUUUCUCUAAGGCCACGGCUCCCACAGCCCAGGCCCCGAGGACCGGACCCCCGCGCGCCACCCUCCACCGACCCCAGGCUGCGUCUUCCUCAGCCCAGCCCCCGGAGACCACCCCUCCUCCGACCACCGCCGGGCCCGCUCCGACCACCUCUCAGGCAUCGCUCGUUCCCUCGCGGGUCACACCUCCUGCGGUGGAACGUACUCCGACUACCCCUCGGGUGACAGCCAGACCCGCGCCGACCACCCUCUCGACGACCACUGACCCAGCGCCGACCACCCCUGUAGCGACCACGGUGCGGGCGCCCACCGCUCCCCCGAUCCCGACCUCGGCUCUCCCCGGCGGCGGCGGCGGCAGCAGCAGCAGCAGCGUCCCGCCCACCCCACCUGCCACCGAAGCCCCCUCUCCGCCUCCCCCAGAAUAUGUGUGUAACUGCUCUGCAGUCGGAAGCCUGGAUGCGAAUCACUGCAACCAGACUACAGGGCAGUGUGAGUGUCAGCCAGGCUACCAGGGUCUUCACUGUGAAACCUGCAUGGAGGGUUUUUACCUGAAUGGUACUUCCGGACCCUGUCUGCCCUGUGACUGUAAUCCACGUGGAGCUCUCAGCAUAGUCUGCAACAGCUCUGGGAAAUGUCAGUGCAAAGUGGGUGUCACCGGUUCUUCAUGUGAUAGAUGCCACGAUGGAUAUUACGACUUUAAUAAGAAUGGCUGCUUGCCCUGCCAGUGCAAUAAUCGGUCUGCCACUUGUGAUGCCCUCACAGGUGCUUGUUUAAAUUGCCAGGAUAACAGCAAAGGAGAUCACUGUGAAGAAUGCGCAGAAGGAUUUUAUCAGAGUCCUGAUGCCUCCAAAGAAUGUCUUCGCUGCCCUUGUUCAGCAGUGACAUCUACAGGCAGUUGUAUCAUAAAGCUGGGUGAAUCAGAACCUGAAUGUGUCCAGUGUAAAGAUGGUUACACAGGCCAGAACUGCAAUGAAUGUAACAGUGGCUACUACAAUUCUGACAGCAUCUGUGUGGAGUGCCAAUGCCAUGGCCACGUGGACCCAGUUAAGACUCCAAAGAUUUGUAAGCCCGAGAGUGGGGAGUGCAUCAGCUGCCUCCACAAUACCACUGGGUUUUGGUGUGAAAACUGCCUAGAGGGUUACGACCGAGACCUCGAGGGAAAUUGCAUCAAGAAAGAAGUUAUUGUUCCAACACCUGAAGGUUCUACCAUUUUGGUUUCCAAUGCCUCUUUGACCACAUCAGUGCCCACCCCUGUUAUAAACAGUACCUUUACCCCUACGACCCCGCAGACUGUCUUUUCAGUAAGCUCUGCUGAAAACAGCACUUCAGCCUUAGCUGACGUAUCAUGGACCCAGUUUAACAUCAUCAUUUUGACAGUCAUCAUCAUUGUGGUGGUGCUGCUCAUGGGGUUUGUGGGGGCUGUAUAUAUGUACCGGGAGUACCAAAACCGGAAACUCAACGCCCCCUUCUGGACCAUUGAGCUGAAAGAAGACAAUAUCAGUUUCAGCAGCUACCACGACAGCAUUCCCAAUGCAGACGUGUCAGGAUUGUUGGAAGAUGAUGGCAACGAAGUGGCUCCCAACGGGCAGCUGACCCUGACGACACCCAUGCAUAACUACAAAGCCUGA